UCUCCAGAAAAAACUCAACAACAAACCAAAUUCUCAACGCCUACAACAACAAAACCUCAAACUCUAUCUCCUAAUCCUUACUUAUCUCUCAUCUCAUCUGGGUUUUUCUUUAAAAACACUUUCUUCAAGGUCUUGAUCAUCAAAAAUGGAAGAUAUUGAUGUCCCUCCAUUUUUUCUCUGCCCCAUUUCUCUGCAAAUAAUGAAAGAUCCAGUUACAGUACCAACUGGAAUUACAUAUGAUCGAGAGAGUAUAGAAAAAUGGCUAUUCUCAGGCAAAAACAAUACUUGUCCGGUCACCAAACAAGUCAUAUCAGAUUGUGAGCUAACUCCAAACGUAACUCUUAUGCGUUUGAUACAAUCUUGGUGCACUCUUAAUGCUUCUCAUGGCAUAGAAAGAAUUCCAACUCCAAAACCUCCAGUUAGCAAAGCACAGAUAUCUAAGCUUAUAAAAGAUGCCACCAUGUCAUCGCCACAGCAACAGAUGAAAUGUUUGAAGAAGCUACGUUCAAUGGCUAAUGUUAAUGAUACAAAUAAAAGAUGCAUGGAAUCUGCAGGCGUUGUGGAGUUCUUGGCUUCCAUUGUUAAUACCUACAAUUCUUUAUCUUUUGAAGAAUAUUCGUCUUCGAAUCUUGAAGAGAUUAAUGAGGCAAUAAGUCUGAGCGAUGAAGCUUUAAGCUUUCUUUACGGUCUUCAAUUAUCUGAAUCUGGAUUGAAGGUACUUAUAAGUAAAAAUGCAGAAAUUAUUGAUUCUUUAACAAGAAUCUUGAAAAAUGGGAAUUACGAGUCUCGGGCAUAUUCAGUUUUGUUACUGAAGUCAAUUCUUGAAGUUGCUGAUCCGAUCCAGCUUAUAAAUUUAAGACAAGAACUAUUUGUCGAAAUAGUUCAAAUUUUACGCGAUCAAAUCUCACAUCAAGCAACAAAAUCUUCUCUACGAUUGCUCGUAAAUCUUUGUCCAUGGGGAAGAAACAGAGUCAAAGCAGUAGCAGCCAAUGCAGUGUCUGUUUUGAUUAAUCUUCUUCUUGAUUCGUCAGAGAAAAGGGUUUGUGAGAUGGCGUUAAUGGUUCUUGAUCUGGUCUGCCAAUGUGCAGAAGGAAGAGCUGAGUUGUUAGGACAUGGCGCAGGGCUUGCAGUAGUUUCCAAGAAAAUACUGAGAGUUUCUCAAGUGGCAAGUGAAAAAGCAGUGCGGAUUUUGUUAUCAAUCUCAAAAUUUUCAGCAACCAACAAUGUUCUUCAAGAAAUGCUGCAAAUAGGUGUUGUGGCUAAGCUUUGUUUAGUGCUUCAAGUGGAUUGUGGAAUCAAGAAUAAAGAGAAGGCUAGAGAAGUGCUUAAAUUGCAUGCUAGAGCUUGGAAGAAUUCUCCUUGUAUACCUGCAAAUUUGCUCUCUUUUUAUCCUUCUUAAUUAGUUAAUUAAUUAAUUAAUUAAUUAAUUAGUUAAUCAAGAGAGGAAAAAAAAAAGAGAUCAUUCAUAUUUUAGUGUAAUUUUUUUUUAAUUAGCUAGUCUGUACAUAAUUCUUACAUAUCAAGGAAAAAGAAAAGUAGAUCUAUACUUGGAUACAAAGUGGUGUCCAAUUACAUGGCAUGAAAAAUAUUGGAAAUUUUUCUAUUUUAAGCAAAUUAAUGAUAUACAUGAAAGUUGAGACUCA